UGAAGCUUUGAAUUUUGUAUUUAUUUAUUUAUUAAAGCCCCCUCCCCCCCUUUUAAUCUAUAGUAGUUGAAGAGUUCAUAGCUGAACCGUGUACGUUUCACACUCCAGACCAGUAGGUGGCGGACAUGCACCUUUACCGUUGGUUUGCCAAAAAACAGAGAAGAAGCAGCCGCAAUAGAAGAAGAAGAGUGUAGCUGAAUGAAAUGUGUUUUUAAAAAAUCUGAUCGCUGGAAGUAAAUUAAACGUUGGAUUAAAAGGAAACUACUUUUUUUUUUAAACAAUAUUUCCAAGACCCAGUAAUAAAGACGGUUCAGGUGAAUGUAAGAAGAUGGUAUUGAAAGAGAUUCCAACAGACAAUAUCACUCGCCCUUUGGGCCGGAACGAGGUCAUAGGUUUACUCUUUCGCCUCACAAUAUUUGGUGCCGUCACCUAUUUUACAAUAAAGUGGAUGGUGGAUGCUAUUGAUCCAACAAGAAAACAGAAAGUUGAGGCACAAAAACAGGCAGAGAAACUCAUGCGGCAGAUUGGAGUGCAGAAUGUGAAGCUUUCUGAAUAUGAGAUGAGCAUUGCAGCUCAUCUUGUGGAUCCACUGACUAUGCAGAUUACAUGGCAUGACAUUGCAGGUCUGGAUGAAGUCAUAACUGAACUGAAAGACACGGUUAUACUUCCGAUCCAGAAGAGACAUCUGUUUGAAGGGUCCAGGCUUCUUCAGCCACCCAAAGGUGUGUUGCUGUAUGGGCCUCCAGGCUGUGGGAAAACUCUUAUAGCCAAAGCUACUGCCAAAGAGGCUGGAUUCCGCUUCAUUAACCUGCAGCCUUCCACUCUCACUGACAAAUGGUACGGAGAAUCCCAGAAACUAGCUGCAGCUGUCUUUUCACUGGCCAUCAAGCUACAGCCCUCUAUUAUCUUCAUCGAUGAGAUCGGUAAAUGCAUAUUUAAAUUAUGUGUCCCUCAUACACCCCUUAAUAUUGAUAUACCAGUAGUUAUUAAUUUUACCCUUUGCUUUCAAAGGUAGAUCUGUUCAGCUUCAUUGCACAUUUAUGGAUCACUGGAAAUCUACGUUUGAAUCUUAAUUGGUAUAUUUUACUCCUUUAAAGUCACAUAAUAUGGCAAUACAAUUCUGGAUAUUUGUCAUUAGGGCUUUUCACACCUGAAAUAGUUAACUCUUGGUCAUUCUAGUUUCACACAACUAAUUUAUUUUUUUUGUGUUCCUGUGGCUCAGUGGUAGAGCAUUGUGUUA